AGGACCCCUGUCUCUGUCUCUGUGAAAAUCAUAUUGUUGCAGCUGCAGCAACCUAUUUGCGACCGAGCCGCGGAAACGAAGUCCGGCGGCAGUAGUGACGUUUUAUUCAGGCUCUACGUUUACUGUUUCUUUUUACUGAAUUUUCCAUUCUCAUUCUCCACUGCCAGACUCAGAUAAGUUUUGUGUCGUGCUUAUCUGCCGGGAACACGAUUUUCUCUUCACUCUCAUAUCACGUUCCUUCGAUUCUCCUGAUCCCACGCAAAUGUUCCGCAAAUUCCGUGACGCCCUAAAGCCGCGGGAGAGCCCGCAAGGCAGCGCAAACUCUCAACUACCGGACGACGAGGCUACGGAGUUUGAAAUUGGGGAAGAAGAUUGGUCAUUGCCGCUCUACGACCCGAGCCUCGGGGAUGUAUUGCGCGACCAUGCGGUUCUGACUCCCGCCGCGUCAAGCUUGUUCGGAGAGACAAAGAAGUCCAUGAUCGAUGUGCUCGGCGCCGACGUUGCAGAUAAGAGUGCAGAAACGACUGUUCUUACUGGAACGCAGGAUACUAGUGCAAGAUCAGUGCAGGAGGACGCAGACAGAAGUCUACCAGCAGGACCGCAAACUCCUUCGAGGAAUGGUGGACAAAGUAACCUCGAGGACGUUGAGGCUUUUUCUCCAGACGCCAAGCGGAAACCCCCGCAGCCGAGUGCCAACAACGCCUGGAAUUGUGGGUUGCCAAUAGUGCCCGGCCAUUGCCUAGUCGGGGUGGGCGUGGUGAUUUUUGACGAGGUAGAAGGACCCGUCGUAGAUUGGUUCUACAGCGGAGAAGAAGAAAACCUGGGAGGCGAAAAAACACCAGAUGCUGCAGCACCCUCUCUGAACUAUGUGCGCGGUGAGCAAGGAACAAAUGCAGCAACGGCAUCUAGUCCUUCAAUACGGGGGGAGCGCAGCGUUCAGUUUCCGGUGCUCGCGCCGGAUGUGCGCUGCUUCAGUUCAGGGGGAAGCACAAGCAGUAAGGCAAAACCAGCGACAGAAAUACGGAAAUCUGCUGCAAGUGGCACAGCGGAGAAUGCAAGCCUGGAAUCAGUCGAACUUCCGUUGCAAGCACAGAACAGCAGUAGUUGUGGCGGAGAUCUACUUACUGAAAGUUCAGAGUCGUCCAUCACUUUCCACGAGGAUCUGCAACCGUUCCUCGCCUUUCUGUCGAUUCCGGACGGGGGGCAUGCCGUGCGCGAGGAUUCCUUUUCCACCACCUAUUUCAUUUUGCCGACGACAAAAAACUCGGUUUUGUACGGCAUCUCGCUGUACGGGUGGCAGGUUUGUGCCGGGAGCAAGCGCGGGUACCGCCAGUCGGCGCUCGUGCUGCUCUCCAAGGCCCCGUUUUUCGGCCACCUGCGCAAGCGGUUGCUGCCGAUUGCACGAAUCUGCCUGCUGGGAGAAACGGACGGCGUUCGCGACAUCUUGCGGGAGUGGUACGACUACAUCCGACAGGGCAUCACGCCGCACUCACUCGUGAUUCAACCGAACAGAACACGGACAGACAGUGCCGGCUCGUUUGCGUCGCCAGCAAAGAACCGGGGGUCCUCGCAGAUAUCGCCGAGUAAGGCCGCUGCAGCGGGAGAAACGACGCCAAGCGGGGCGGUAGUCGCUAGAGGUGAUGAGGAAGCUGAAGCAGAGGAAAGCGCUGCACUUCUUUCAAAGCGUUUCCUCCUCCCCACCUUGUCCGAUGCGGAGUUGAAUGACUGCCUGGCAGAUCCGCUCCUCUACCUCCUGAAGUCGCUGAAAAAAGGGACGUUGAUAUCAAUCCUCAAGGCCAUCCUGCUGGAGCGGAAAAUUGUCGUGUACUCGCCGAGCAGCGAAGUCUGUUCCUCCGUGGUGUUGGCGCUGUGCAGCCUGCUCCCAGGGUGUUCCUGGUUUGGGUUUCUGAGUUACGCUUUCGGCCGCCAAUUUUUCACCUGCGAGAAGUUCGGGCUGCCGCUGCGGUUAUUUCACGAGAAGAACCCAGUGUAUCCGUACUUGUCUCUGCAGCUCCUGGACAGUCUCGUUUGCACAACUGGGUUUCUAGUUGGCACGAGCAAUCGACUACUAGUGUACAACGCCGAAACCGCGAUGAGGAAUCAGUUUUCGGCUGUUGCAGCGACACCAGGACGACCGGAGACGACUGAAGAGCUUGACGACGAGGAGGAUGAGGAUUUUAAAAGCACUGGGAAUAACCACGAUGUGCGCAGAAGUCCAGAGAGCAGAGAUGCAAAUAGAGCUAGUCCCGCCAAUGGUACCCCUGGAGGAGUUGCAUCCUCGAAGCAGAAGCCGUCCCCAGCUGCUCGCAGCUCCCGACAGCCCAGUUUCCCACCGCGAGCACCGACCACCGUCGUGCCGGAUCUUGUCGUCAUGCUUCCGGGAAGCAUCGCAGGUGCAAACGUGACCACCCAUCUACGGUGGACCCGACCGGAUGUAGAAGCGGCAUGUCACCCGACCUCUGCGGACGUGAAGUUCCAGAAUGACCUCGCGAAACUCGUGAAGCACGUGGAGCCGGGGCAACUACUCUCGACGGAGGAGCGCUCCUGCGGAUUGCGCACGCCCUUUUCCUCCCCGAAGAGGAAGAAGCGGUCGUCCGCCAUUCUCGCACGCAAAGCUGCGGCCGCGGACAAGAAGUCAAGCCUCGCGUCGAAAACGCUGGCAGGCGUGAUUUUGCCACGGAGUAAAGGCACUAGAACAAAUAAUGCUCUUGACGGUUCCACCUCCGCAGCUUCAGCUUCUGCUCAGACCCAGACGGGAAAAACACCCAGCGGUGCGUCAAGCGGUGUACAACUACAAGAGCCUACUUCUGCCCCCUCGGGGAAGCCAGUGGACCUGACAGGGUUCUACAACGAUGAUGGCACCACAACUGCCUCUACCGCAGCCGCGUCUGUGGAGGGGGACGUGGACAUGAGCUGUUCGCCGAGCGCAGUGCAACAGUUCGCCAUGGACGACGAUGACGAUGCGCCCAUCGAAGUCGACAUGUCAGAAUUCCGCGAAGUAGAUCUGGGGGAAUCCGCAGCGCAAACGGCGUCGUCUUGGCGAAGGAAAAAAGCUGACGCGAUGGCCUGGUACAAGCAAAAAAGCAGGGCGGCCAGCGAGAAAAAGCGCGCAUUGAUUGGCAAGCUAAGGACUUCGAAAACCAACGCGGACGGUGAACAGGGAAGCAGCGAGCACCACGGAGCUGCCGGCACGGCGUGUUCCUCCGCUCCAGAGCCGCGAAAGCUGAACUUUUCCGCUGCAGGUACAGUACAAGAAGAUGCAGGGGUUGGCAAUGAGGAGCAGAAGGUAGAUGCCCGCGCGAGUGCGAGUGAAGUUGUCGACUCCGCGGACGAGGAGCUGAUCGCGUUUCCAGCGACAGGUGCAGAUGCGCAAAACUCGCCGGAAACGACGAGCUCGAGCACUGAGUCGGACGAGUUAGACCAGUUGCCGCUUGACUUGCGCACAUCCCCGAAGGGGUCGUCUUCUGCUGCAAAAAGUGUGGGAGAGGAAGACGAGGAUUUAGUUCUACCAUUGGAACAACAAGGUCAACAAGCGCCGGGAGCAGCUGAUGUGGCAGCAAGACGAAAGAGUGGCGAAGGUAAAAAUGAUCUUGAGGAAAUGAUGCAAACCACGCCACCCCCUCCAGUGAACAGCGCAGCCAUGGUGCGUGAUUUCGGGCGGCAGCUGGCGCACAAGUUCAUGCAUGCCUCCGACGAAGACGGGAACGCGCCGGAGCAGGCUCUGGCCCGCGUGGACACGGUGCGCAGGGCACUGUGGAGACGUUGCGAGGAGUUCCUGCAGAAGCUUGCGUUCUUUGCCGGCGAGGAAAGAUCCUUCGACGCGUACUUCACUUUUUCCGGCGCGACGGGGUACGGGAAACACAGGCAAACGUUCAAGAACAGCAGCCUGCGCGACUGCACGCAACCGUUGUCCUCGUCGAGUUUUUUUCUAAUCCCGGCCCUCGACGGUGUCGCGCCCGUCGCUGCCUCGCUCGCCGCCUCUGUCGCGAAGCAGGCGCGGGCGGAGCUCGGGGCCGUUUAUGGUCUCUCCUUCGCCCUGUUCUGGGCAGUGCGCACACGGUCGGGCCGGCGAUUUCUGAAGUGCCACCAGCUCGAGGUGAACCCGGCGCAAAAGAAGCGACCGCCCUACCGCGGCUAUGGCAGCUACACGUGGCCGCAGAACGGGGACAGCUACCAGGGCCAGUUUCAGCAGGGCAAGCGUCACGGCGAAGGCGUCUACGUUUCGCCGGAGUUUGGCAUGCGGUUUGACGGGCAGUGGGUCGCCGACAAAAGGCACGGGCACGGGCUAAUGACGGUAGAACGAAGGAAGGACAAUGAUUCAAAGCAGGAAAAUACAAGCGGUACAAGUAGUUCUGCAAGCAACGUAGCGGAUUUGAAGCAAACAACAGUCGCUGCUGUGGCGGAAUCCGAUCCCAAAGCGACGCAAGUUUUCUGCUACGAUGGGAACUGGGUGAACGACGAGCGUUGCGGUUUUGGGCGGUGCAUCACCACGCGCGAAAAGUACUCGGGGCAGUGGCAAAGUAACCAGUUCCACGGCCACGGCAGCUACGUAAGCGGGGACGGCCGACUCAUUUACGACGGCGACUUCGAACGAGGGCGAUUCCACGGCAUGGGCAAGUUAACGUCGCAUGGCCUGCAGGCGAAGAAGGGUGCGACGACCAGUGUGCCAACGACUCCCGUUGCGACCAGUGGGGCGCAAGCUGCUGCAGUACCCACCUAUCGUUCUUUCCAACUCCUCGAAGACAGCGGGAGUUUCCAGUAUCUCGGCGAGUUUCGCGACGGCAAGCGGCACGGCGAGGGGCAAUUGCGCUGCGUGGACGAGAGCUUCCCACUGGUCUACGUGGGCGGGUGGCGAGCGGGGCUGCGGGACGGCGCAGGGCAAAUGUUGCUGGAGGUAGAGGAGACGGCUGCAACGGUGGAACAAAGUGAACAAGGAGAGGACCACAGCGCUUCAUCACCUAACAAAACUAGCAAGGAGACUUUGCUGAAAUCCUGGCGGUUUGACGGGACUUUCUCUGGCAGCCGUGGAAAGCACGGGCGCGGGAAGCUAAGCGCUGCGAUAGAGCGAGACCAGAGGAAGCUCGCAUCCGUGACUCUUACCGCAGAUUGGGUCCAAGAUGCUCUGUCUUGCAAGGGGGUUUCAGUGUGUGUGGUCGUCAGCGAUGAAACACACCAACGAAACUUCAAUCAACUGCGAUACGAAGGAGGUGUAGAGUUUCUGGACGAAAAGCGGAACCCUGUGACGCUCCGUCGAGACUCAUGCGCGGCACUUUCGGACGGACAGCUGUGGGACAGCAGUGGCAGUGCUGCGGAAGAGUUCGUUUCGUGUCUGCGAACCGUUCUGGAAGAGACAAACGCAAUCGCUAGCGAUGCUGCAAGCUCGUCGCAUGAGAGCAAGCCAGUCAUCCUGCCGCUUAACUUCGGGCACCUACAACUGCGACCGCACGGAGCCGGGAAGUUGGAGCUGGGAACAGGGACUGAAGACGAAACGCCGGCAGAAAAUAAAACAACCGCUAUUGAAGGUGUUUUUAAGCACGGCAUUCUCGCGAGUCCGCACAAAAGCGAGUAGUGAGUACUUACUUAAACGCACAUGGUUUUCUUCUUGUCCCCCUUCCUUCAUUUCGGAGGAUUAUCGCACAUCCAGGUCGCUGAUCUUGCUGUACCAACUUCACAAAAAGCUUUCAUUGAAUUCUGUUCUUGAACUGAGCGUCUCUUGAGCGUAGUCCUGAAUCAAUGGCAGGGCGCCUCCUGUUGUGGAGCGAAGUCUACUUACUUUUG